AGAUUAAGUUACUAAAGAAACAACAAGAUAAUAAGUUCUGCCAUUCACAAAAUUAUAUGUUAAAUAGAACAAUACACAAUAAUACUCCAGCAAAUUGCACUGGCAAGAUCGAGGUUCCCGGCGUUGGUUUUAUUGAUGUUGUGUGUGAUAAUCAGUCAGCUGGGCCAGGUUGGUUUGUUAUAUAUCAGCGAAUUCGGAGAGUGCCUCGUUUAGAUAGAGACUGGGCCACCUAUCGCGAAGGAUUUGGUUCAAUGCACGACUAUUUUUUCUUCGGAUUGGAGAAAAUCUAUCUUCUAACGAGCUCACUACACCACGAGCUUUAUGUGCAUCUGGUUGCUUUGAAUGGCUCAACAUUUUACGCACACUAUGACGAUUUUAAAAUAUCUGAUGAGAGCAACGGAUACGCGCUGAGCUUGGGUGAAUGGCAUGGAAACGAAGACAAUCUAUUCAGCUACCAUGAAGGCAUGAAAUUCUCAACACACGAUCGAAACAAUAACAAAUAUGAUCCUAGGAAUUGUGCGUCUGAUCUCGCUAAUGGAUGGUGGUAUAAGGAUUGCGGUAUUUGUGACUUUAAUGGACUAUUUAUACGUAAUCAACACUGCGACUUCAAUGUCAAGGAAGUAAAGAUGCUUAUACGCCCCAAGCAAUAGAUGAACAUUUAUUGAUAAUCAAAACAUGUAAAUUGCAAAUUGGGAUCUUGAAUAUUGAAUAAAAUGCAUUGCGCUAUUUUUGCUUUA